AUGUCUUCAGGACAUGAGCCAUCGAUAACGAAUUUCAUACUGGGGUUCGCAGUGAGUAUAGGCGCGUCCAUUAUGAAUGCGGCUGGAUUAAAUAUCUUAAAUCUCGAUCAUAUAAAAAAUUCAAUUCGACCACCGAGUUCGCAACGAAACGAGUGCGGAAGACCGUUAUGGCAUAUGGGACUUUACUUAUAUAUUCUUAGUCAGUUGCUUGGCAGUACGCUUGCUCUUUACUUUUUGAAAGCACAAUGGGUUGCACCGCUUGGCGCUGUUUCGCUAAUAUUUAACUUUGUAUUUGCUCGUGCUCUUGUCGGUACGCGUAUCACUAGAAAGGAUAUCGUGGGGACGUUUGUUGUGAUUGCUAGUGUGAUAUGGGUUGUCGUUUUCGGAGGAAUGAAUAAAGGAGAAGGUGACGAAAGUCUUACGCUCGAAAAACUCAAAGCUUUAUUCAUGCGUCCAGUUUUCAUUGGGUAUUUUUCAAUUCUCGACCUACUUACAUUUGGGGUACUCGGAGUUGCCCUGUACGCGUAUUGGUUUGCAAAGAAUGAACAACGGAAAAAAAUGCAUAGUUAUUUUCGUAGUUUGGAGACUAAGCGAUUAAAGAAAGUGGUGGGAAUGGCAAUGGCUGGUGUUGGUGGAAUGCUCGCUAGUCAAACGUUACUUUUGGCUAAAAGUGGCGUUUUACUUUUAUCAAAGUCUCUACAAGGACAGAAUCAAUUCACCGAUAAUUUAAGUUUGUUUAUUCUUUUCGGAUUAGCAGUAACUUCCAUCUUUUGCUUAAACACGGCUUUAAAACUUCACGAUUCCGUAUUAGUUGUACCAAUCUUCUUCGGAUUUUAUACUGCAAUGGGUCUCAUAAACUCGAUGAUAUAUCUGAAUGAAUUAGACACAUAUCCAACUUGGGCACUAUUUCUCGUAUUACUGGGAAUCGCUUCAUUAGUCUAUGGUGUAUUGCUGUUAAGUGAAGCAAAAGACGCGCCAGGGAUGACCAAACAACAACAAAAUCCACCGGAUGAAACUGAAACCGUUGAAAUACAAAAAAAUGAAAGCUCUACUUGGAGUGACAACUCGAGUACAGUGGCUGGAUCAGAUAUUAGGAUUAUUGAUGAAUCCAAAAAAGCUAUUUCUACUCUUAAAAAAAAUAGUGAGGGGAACAAUAAUAAUAGUGGUAGUAGAGUCUCAUCCUCUGCCGCCUCGGGAUUCUUCAAGAUGGUACGACUGCGAAAGAAUAGUACCAGUGCAAAGUAUAGUCAACAGCGUCGGCGGUCCAGUGGUGAUGAAAUUAUGACGAUGACAAAUAUGGGUCCGCAUGUAAUAAUUGAUAGUAUAUCUUCAGAUAACGACGAGGAUGAGUUUAUAGAUAACAACACAGGCAAUCUAAACAAUAAUAAUAUCGAUAAUUAUAAUGAGGGUUUAUUAAGUGACGUUUUGGAUGAUAAUCAGUCUUCCGCUAUCAUUAUUGAUAAUAAAACUCCUACAUUAUCCAUGUUUUUUAACAGCAAUAUGAAAAAUAAUCAUGAGAGUGUGAUUGAUAAUUCAGUAGAAGAGGAGUAUAAUGAGCUAUUAUAUGAAAUUGAAGAUCUGGAGGAAGUAAUGAUCACACAGUUCUGUGAUUGUGAAGCUGAAGAUAAAGUUGUAAAGUUUUUUAUAAAAGUUGUAUUAGAUUUUGAUCUUGUUGGAGAG